CGCCCCGGCCACACCCCGGCCACGCCCCCUGCCUGUGCUCUACCAAUCAGCACCGCGCUUCCGCCAAGACCACGCCCCACUUACCCUUGUCCCGCCUCUUUUCCUGGGGCGAGCAUCGCGCCAGCCCUCUCCUGCUCGUUGAUUGGUCUAACCCCUCUAUACUCCGACCAAUCGCGUUGAAGGAAGGAGGAGAUUCUCUCACACGCUCAUUCACCUUUGGCUCCGCCAACACGCCAGCCAAUAGGAGUGCGAGUUGCCAUAGCAGCGGCGUGGGGGCGACAGCCAAUGGGAGGGCGCGAUAUUGAGGCUGCUAGGCGUGAAGCCGGCGGGAUGGCCUGCGGCUUUAAGAAGCCAUCGCUGGGAGCCGCGGCGCAGAGGGAGAAGGCGAAUCCCAAGCUGGAGCUGCCGGAGGAGCAGCAGUGGGAGAUCCGCGACGCUUUCGAGCUCUUCGACACCGACGGCAGCGGCAGCAUCGAUGUCAAGGAGCUGAAGGUGGCCAUGAGGGCCCUGGGGUUUGAACCUAAGAAAGAAGAGAUCAAGAAAAUUAUCUCAGACAUCGAUAAGGAAGGGAAAGGAAAAAUCAGCUUCAGUGACUUCCUGGCAGUGAUGUCACAGAGAAUGGCCGAAAAAGAUUCCAAAGAGGAGAUUCUCAAAGCUUUCAAACUCUUUGAUGAUGAUGAGACUGGAAAAAUCUCUUUCCAAAACCUCAAACGUGUGGCCAAAGUGCUGGGGGAGAACCUCACUGAUGAAGAGCUGCAGGAGAUGAUUGAUAAGGCAGAUGGGGAUGGGGAUGGGCAAGUGAGCGAGCAGGAAUUCCUGAGGAUCAUGAAGAAGACUGGCCUGUACUGAAGCCCAGUGGGAUUUAUUCCUUGGCACUUGUGUACGUUCCUUAGGGAAUGGGAGCCUCACUUUUGUGGUGUCUUGAUUUCUUUGGAGGCAGCAGAAAAUACAGGUCAGUUCUGUUAGAAGUUUUUUGUGUAGAAUAUUUUUAAGUUUUAAAGGUGUUUGGGAGCAAUUUGCACCACUCUGUUUACAGGCAGCAACAUGGUUGCUGGUUAUGAUGUUGACACUGCUUUAAAUACACAAAUCACAUUUUUGGGACCAAAUUUAGAUCCUUUUCUGACUAAAAAAAUGGGUCCAAGCAAUUCAGUUUGGUAAAGAGAUGACUCAAAACCAGACAGUGUCAAUCUGUUGCUCAGUGUAGAUCUGGUUUGGGUUUAUGGCUUGGUUUGGGCCCUGCAGUGAACUCUUUAUGACAUAUUUGCAGGAACCACUUUUUUAGAACCUAUUUUAUGGGAUUAUCCUUUCCCCCCUUUUCUAGGGCAUUCUUUCAACUCAAAAUAAAAAUAAACUGCUGCAAUUUACCUUGUGUUCAGUUCACAUGGCUAAGAAAAUCUUUGCAGAAGGAAAUUCCCAGUGCUGCUGCUGAGGGCUCUGUGCUUGCUGGGAUGCUCAGAGGCUGCAGAUGGGAUUGGGUGUCAAAUAAAAUCUUAUUUUUAAGUCA